CGGAGCUGUCUAGGAUCAGAGCCGGAGCUGGCGGCCCUCGGCGCGCACCGCGCGGCCUCCACGCCUGGUCCUGCGCCGCACGCCCAAACCGGUGCCCCGCCCCGCCGCGGCCGGUCCACUGCUCCCGAAGGCCGGAGCCCAGCCAGCGGCUGCCCGCCGGGGCACUGAUCGGCGCGGAGGGGCCGGGAGCCGGGGACCCGCCGAGGAAAGCGGCGGCCCAGACGGCUGCCGGAGGGGCGGCCGAGGGUGGAUGCGGCGGGAGACGGAAGCCUCGAGCAGCCUGCGCCCGCUCCGUCUCUGCCCCAGUGCGCCCUAUGGCUUGAAGUCAGAGCCUGGCCACCCGGUGGCCCUGCUGCCCCAAUGGAUCCACUGAACCUGUCCUGGUAUGAUGACGACCUGGAGAGCCAGAACUGGAGCCGGCCCUUCAACGGGUCUGCGGGGAAGGCCGACAAGCCCCCCUACAACUACUAUGCCAUGCUGCUCACCCUGCUCAUCUUCAUCAUCGUCUUUGGCAACGUGCUGGUGUGCAUGGCCGUGUCCCGCGAGAAGGCACUGCAGACCACCACCAACUACCUGAUCGUCAGCCUCGCCGUCGCUGACCUCCUCGUAGCCACGCUCGUCAUGCCCUGGGUGGUCUACCUGGAGGUGGUGGGCGAGUGGAGAUUCAGCAGGAUUCACUGUGACAUCUUUGUCACUCUGGACGUCAUGAUGUGCACAGCAAGCAUCCUGAACCUGUGUGCCAUCAGCAUCGACAGGUACACGGCUGUGGCCAUGCCCAUGCUCUACAACACGCGCUACAGCUCCAAACGCCGAGUCACCGUCAUGAUUGCCAUCGUCUGGGUCCUGUCCUUCACCAUCUCCUGUCCGAUGCUCUUUGGACUCAACAACACAGAACAGAGUGAGUGCAUCAUCGCCAACCCCGCCUUCGUGGUCUACUCCUCCGUCGUCUCCUUCUACGUGCCCUUCAUCGUCACCCUGCUGGUCUACAUCAAGAUCUACAUAGUCCUCCGGAGGCGCCGGAAGCGGGUCAACACCAAGCGCAGCAGCCGGGCUUUCAGGGCCAACCUGAAGACCCCACUCAAGGGCAGCUGCACUCACCCCGAGGACAUGAAACUCUGCACCGUUAUCAUGAAGUCUAAUGGCAGUUUCCCUGUGAACAGGCGAAGAUUGGAGGCUGCGCGCCGAGCCCAGGAGCUGGAGAUGGAGAUGCUCUCCAGCACCAGCCCACCCGAGAGGACCCGGUACAGCCCCAUCCCGCCCAGCCACCACCAGCUGACCCUCCCCGACGCAUCCCACCACAGCCUCCACGGCACUCCUGACAGCUCCGCCAAACCCGAGAAGAAUGGGCAUGCCAAAGACCACCCCAAGAUUGCCAAGAUCUUUGAGAUCCAGUCCAUGCCCAAUGGCAAAACCCGGACCUCGCUUAAGACCCUGAGCCGCAGGAAGCUCUCGCAGCAGAAGGAAAGGAAAGCCACCCAGAUGCUGGCCAUCGUGCUUGGCGUGUUCAUCAUCUGCUGGCUGCCCUUCUUCAUCACACACAUCCUGAACAUUCACUGUGACUGCAACAUCCCACCUGUCCUGUACAGCGCCUUCACGUGGCUGGGCUAUGUCAACAGCGCCGUGAACCCCAUCAUCUACACGACCUUUAACAUCGAGUUCCGCAAGGCCUUCAUGAAGCUCCUGCACUGCUGACCCGCUGCCCACCUCCCUGCCAGGCGCCGGCCACAGUCCCUAGGAGCCCUGGGCGGGAGGGUGUGGGGUGGACUUCCCUUUGCCUGGCAGGCCCCGUAGUGUUAGCUCGACACCACGCCCCACACUGUCGGAAUACCCUCACUCUGCCAGGGCAGUGUAGAGAGCCAGGCGUGGUGCCAGCCCUUGGGCUGGACCCGGUGGCUCAGGGGCAGCUCACAGAGCUCCCCUCCCACUUCCAGACCCUUCUCUUUGGCACCAAAGACAGGGCAGCCCGCUCUGGCCUUUCUCGGGAGCUGGUGUUGCAGGGGCCAGAGUCAGGCUCGAGGCUGCGCCCUCUGCUGGGCUCAGCCUGGUCCCCACAGGUUUGUGCUGGAGGGGACGGUGGGGAGGCAUGGACGCUUCAUAGCCCACGAGGCCCACGCCAGGGCUGUUGCCAAGGCCCCAGCUAACCUCCUUCUGGGGACACUCAUGUAAAUAUCAGACCACAGAGUGACCCCCAGGGAAGCCCAAGCCAAAAGUCUUCACUCUCCCGCCGACAGGAGCCUCUGCUUCCCUCAGAGACCACCCCUCAGCUCACCCUGCCGCCUCCUGACGGACUCAGGUGAACUUCUUGUAGCAAAUGUUAGCCAGCCUGGGGUAGGGGUGAAGAUGGCUGGGGCCUGGAUGGGGGUGUUUGAGGUUCUUUGGGGGCUGCCUCCUGCCAUACUAUGCCACAAAACCACUUCCCUUUUCCUUUGCCUCUUCUCUUCCUCCCCCCCCCCCCCUUCCCUCCCACUGCCUGGGCCUUGGAGGAGCCCUGCUGAGGGAGGAGCCCUGGCCUGGCCCUCCUGAGGGAGGAUGGGAAGCUGCAUUUGGGGGAGCCCCCAGCCCCAGGCUCUGUAACAUCACUACACCAAUAAAACUUUGACAAGUCA